CACACCUUGAGAGCUCGGCUCUGAUGGCCAGGCCUCUAGGUUUCUCUCCCUCCAUAGCCCCAAGCCUGUGAUAACGAACAUUUUUCUGGCUUUUCGCACCGAAGGAAUACUCGCCAGUACGACUCCUCUCACCACUGAUGUCACCAGCUCGAUCGAAAUUUCCUAGAGAAUCUCUUAGGGGAUCAUCUCGCCUCCGACCAAUUCUCUUAAGAAGCCCAUGCAAACGGGGGCCGUUGCUCCGACCGAAUGGGUCGCUUUUCCGAUUAUCUUCAUUGCAAAUCGAUGCGCUGCUAACGGGAAGCUACCCUAUUUUUGUGCCGUAGGCGUUCGACUUUUUAGAGGAUAUUUAGAAGGUGGAGAAAGUUCUAUUAUGAUGCUAAAUGCACAUCCUGUCCCAGUGUUAAGCAUUAGGAGUUAUAAGGACAUGCUUUCUGAUAUCCAGCACAAAAGUCACAAACAUCAGAAUUCUCUGAAUUCUAUUCUGAUGGAAGGGUCUGGGAAAGGAAAAAAUCAUUUGAGUAGUUGAAUUAGGAUAUGAUCUUUAUAGGUAUUUCCUUUUCUGAAUUUUGUACGGUCAUGGCUAAUUCAUUAAAUUUCUCUGUUAUAUAGUUUAGUCUGUAGUCAUGUAUUGUAGUAUAAAUACUGUAUAUAUAUUUUGAGGAGAAACAAAAAGAAAUUCUUAGAAUGAGUUAUUUUCUAUAUGAGAAAAUGAUCAAAAUGGUCUCUCAACUCUUUGUGAGGGACCAAAAUGGUUCACAACCCUUUUGAGGGACCAAUUUCAUCCCUUAACUCCUUAAAAAGGGGGCUUUCUGAUCUUAACAUCAAAUUUUAGUGUUAAUGAUGUUAA